CAGAUCAGCGCUACACUUGUGCAACCACCACCGUUUCAUUGAUUCACAGACUUUAAACUCCCAACAAGCAAAAAAAAACAGGAAUCAUUGUAGACUAGAUUAAUAACAAUUGCCUGUGACUAUUCAGUUCGACUGUAUCUCAACGGAGAGAUAUCAACGCUGUCUCUGAAAGGAACUUGGAUAGCCUACAACAUCUAGGAUUUUUUCCCCUCCUCUCUCUAAUCCUUAUAGAUCAUCAUCUACUGUGUUUUCUAUUUGAAAACACUGUUCGUGAUCUAUUCGGACACCUGCACCUUGCCAUUUAUGUCAGACUAAAUAACUGCUAUGACAGGGAAACUAGCGGACAAGCUCCCUCUUACCAUGAGCAGUUUAAUAAACACGAUUCCUGACAGUCUUUACCCAGAAGAGGACAUUCCGACGUCUAUGAACAUUUUCACCAAUACGGAUUCUAUAAACCACUACUCGCAAAUGAAUACAGAUAAUAUCAUGGAUCUGGGGAUGGGAAGUGAUAAGGGAACCGCAGAGAUCCAGUAUGGCUCCAGCUUCCAGUCAAACCGCAGUGGGCAGACCGUCACCUAUCUGGGGAAGUUUGCCUUCGACACUCCUCCGUCGGGUGGAAUCGGGGGCUCCGGCUGGUGUUCAGACAACAAUAUCAUUAGUUUAGUAAGUGCUGGCAUCCUGGGUGUCUCCCCGUCGCCUGGCAAUAUCACCACACAGACGUCGUCCUCUGGGGCCAGCAUGGGCGGCCAGUCCUCAGACAUGGAGCAAGUGUACGGUCCACCACUGCCCGCCUAUUCCACCUGCAGUGAGCUGUACCAGGACCAGGUCUCCUUCCACCACAGCCCUGCCACCAGUACUGCCCUCGGCUACCCCGGCAAUGACUAUCACACCACCUCCAAGCCCUCCAUGGACGGGAGCCUUUUCUCCAUGAUCCCAGAUUACAACCUCUUCCAUCAUCAGGGUGAGGUUGGUGUGAUGGAGCACAAGCCCUUCCAGUCCAUGGACCCAAUUAGAGUCAACCCCCCACCUAUCACACCACUUGAGACCAUUCGAGCAUUCAAAGACAAGCAGCAGAUUCAUCCAGGUUUCAUUGGCGGGCAGCAGCUUGCUCCUCAACACCACCAGCCACCACAGACGCUAACACUCAAACCAAUCCGACCACGGAAGUACCCAAACCGACCCAGCAAAACCCCUGUGCAUGAGCGGCCACAUGCCUGCCCAGCAGAAAACUGUGACAGACGCUUCUCCCGUUCAGAUGAACUGACACGCCACCUCCGCAUCCACACGGGUCACAAACCCUUCCAGUGCCGCAUAUGCAUGCGCUCCUUCAGCCGAAGUGACCACCUGACCACCCACAUCCGCACGCACACGGGCGAGAAGCCCUUCUCCUGUGAGUUCUGUGGACGCAAGUUUGCCCGGAGUGACGAGCGCAAGAGACAUGCCAAAGUUCACCUCAAGCAGAAGGACAAGAAGCCGGCCGACAAGGGGAGUGGGGCAGCUGGCAGCCACAGCUCACCCCCCAGUUCCUGUGGUGGCAGUGGAGGGCCCAGCGGUGGCAACAUCAUGACUGUCACUACCUGUGCUUAGGAUGGAUCAUCACCCUGCUCUAACAUAAGACUGAGGAAAGGUCCUAUCCACAAUGAGACAAAUAGAUGACUCUUUCUCUCACUUUUUCU